AUGAUUGAGCUGGGCCUCCCUGAUGGCAGCCUGAUUGAUGAGUUGAUGGAGCUGACAGCACAGAGCCUCAGUCACCUGGAAAUCCAAGAACACUUCAACGUCAUCAAAGAGAUCGGACGAGGGAAAUAUGGGAAAGUGCUCCUGGUUACACAUCGCUUUAGAGGGACUCCCAUGGCAUUGAAAGUGAUGCCCAAAACUUCAACUAAGCUGCAGGGCUUUCUGCGAGAGUACUGCAUCUCCUUGCACCUGUCCUGCCACCCCUGCAUUGUGGGUCUCUUUGGCAUUGCCUUCCAGUCUAAUGAGCAUUACUGCUUUGCCCAGGAGCUGAUCAUUGGAAGGGACCUUUUUGCUGUCAUUCAACCAAAAGUUGGUAUCCCAGAAUCCUCAGUAAAACGCUGUGUCCUUCAGAUCGCCAGUGCUUUAGAGUUCAUCCACAGCCAUGGCUUGGUCCACCGUGAUGUGAAGCCUGAAAAUAUUCUUCUGCUGGACAAUCUCUGCUGCCAGGUGAAGCUGGCGGACUUUGGCCUUGCCCAGAAGAGAGGAACCCUGAUACGUUUCAUCACAGGAAUCCUGCCCUACAUGGCCCCUGAACUUUGUUCUGUAGCUCUGCCCGAGGGCCAGAAAGAGGUGACUGCUCCACCCCUGAGUGUGGAGCCAAGUCUGGACACCUGGGCAUUUGGCGUGGUUAUCUUCUGCAUUCUCACAGGCUACUUCCCCUGGGAACGCUGUGUGGACUCGGAUGACUUCUACGAGGAGUUUGCAGACUGGUGGAGAAUGGAAGAGCGAUCUAACGCUGAGGAGGACAUCCCUCCUUUGUGGAAAAGGUUCACUCCAGAAGCCAUGGAGAUGUUUGGUAAACUCCUGGCUCUGGAUGCAGGAAAAAGGUGUUCAGUGGGAGAUGUGAGAGCAUAUGUGGAGAAGGACUGGCUGAAGAAGGUACAAGGGUAA